AUGGUCUUUCGGGUCGACACUCUCUUUGCACUGUCCACUCUUGCCAUCGCUAACACUGCUCCUAUGGUGAAUUUGCCUGCUGAGGUCGAUAUUGGUCAUGCUAUGAUGGUGACCGACGGCUUACGGACUCUAGACUCGCAGAUCCAAGAUGCCUGUAAUGCAGUCCCAAAUCAUAUCAUGUCGGACGUCGAUGGCAAGUGGGCCUGCGAUAUUUACAUCAUUGAGUUGACCGGAGACCUGAAAUUUUGGGAUGAUAUAAUCUCCCUCAAACACGAUUUCCAGACCGUCAACUUCACUUCUACCGUCUGCCACGCUUUCCAGAACCUCUUCACCCAUAGUGCCCCAUUCGAGAAGAAGUUCAUGGCCGCUAUUCCGGUGUCUGUUUUCUGGACAUACGAUUGA